AUGGAUGUUGAUGAUGAAGGACGUCUGCGUAAUGUGAUGUGGGUACAUCCUCGUAGUAUAGCUGCGUACGAAGAGUUCCACGAUGUUGUGAGUUUUGAUACAACUUACCUUGUAAACAAAUACAAGAUGCCGUGGGCGACGGUUGUCGGAGUUAACCAACAUAACCAAUCAAUAUUAUUGGGAUGUGGUUUAUUGAGUCAUGAGCAGUCCGAAUCAUUUAAAUGGUUCUUUAGCAACUGGUUACUGGCCAUGAAAGGUGUUCAACCUACAGCAAUGCUGACAGAUCAAUGUGAGAGUAUAAAGAUUGCCGUGAAGGCAGUUUUUCCAAUGACUAUACAUAGACUUUGUCUAUGGCAUAUUGCCAAUAAAAUUCCACAGAAGUUCAAAGGUAUGGCUGAUUUUCGUAGUUGUUCGUCUGAUUUCUACUCAACGAUAUAUGAUAGUCUCAGUAUUGCAGAAUUCGAGUCAAGGUGGACAGAUUUUCUAUCUAAACACAGUCUUCAUAACAAUAGGUGGCUGAAAAAUUUGUUUGAUGAAAAGAAGAAUUGGGCACCCAUCUAUUCGAAUCAUAUUUUUUGGGCUGGUAUGGUAUUGACCCAACGAAGUGAAUCUAUGCACGCAUUCUUUGAUGGUUUUGUGAACUCAAAGAGCAUGUUGAAACCAUUUGUGGAACAAUACGAGAUUGCUAUUCAAAACAAAAUUCAGAAGGAGAUGAACGCUGAUUACCAGUCCAAGUGCGUGAUGCUGAAACCGGUGUCAACUUUUCAAUGGGAGAAACAAUUGCUAGGUGAAUACACUCAUAACAUCGACCUCUUGUUGCAAGUGGAAGUCAAGAAAAUUAGCAGUUGUAAUGUGGAAGAUGUCGCAAUUGGGGAAGAUGGUGUGAAUCGUUGCAAGAUAAAGGAGAUGCGAUUAGUGCAGAAUGUUUUUCACAAGGAAUACACUUACACUGUCGAGUAUCGUCCUUUUGGGGAAUAA